CACAUAAACAAUCAGAUCACAAAAGAUAACAUGGUCACUAUAUGUAAGAGCAUACAGGCACUGCGAUCAACUAUUAGAGAGCGUGUGAUUGCCACGAGAGCAAAGCUUAAUGUCAAUGAGCCAACGAUAGGCUUCGUCCCCACGAUGGGCUACCUGCAUCGUGGUCAUAUAUCAUUGGUCGAGCAGGCCAGGACCAGGUCCAACAUCGUCGUCGCCUCGAUCUUUGUCAACCCGACGCAGUUCGCCCCGACCGAGGACCUGGCCGCCUACCCCACCGACAUUGACAAUGACGUGCGUCUGCUGACGGCGGCAAACGCCGACAUUCUGUUCCUACCGCCCGUCAAAGAGAUGUACGGCGAGCACGCCUCGACCUAUGUCGACGUCGCAUCGAUGGACAAUGUAAGCGAGAGUAAAGCGCGUCCGGGUCACUUCCGCGGCGUGGCCACCAUCGUCACCAAGCUGCUCAACAUCGUGCAGCCCGACUACAUGUUCAUCGGACAGAAGGACGCCAUGCAGUGCGUCUGUCUUCGUCGUCUCGUCAACGAUCUCGCCUUCAACACCGAGGUCGUGGUGGGUGACACUGUUCGCGAGGCCAACGGCCUGGCAAUGAGCAGCCGCAACAGCUAUCUGACGCAAGAGGAGCGCGAGGAGGCAUCGGCCAUCUAUCGCUCAAUGUCCGAGAUGAGGCCUCUCGCUGGCAGUCUCCUGCGCAAUCAGUUCAUCAAUCAGUUGCAGACCAAGAUCGAGUCGUCAAGCUCCAAGAUGAAGGUCGAGUACAUCAGUCUUGCAUCGCCAGAGAAUGGUCUCGAGAUCACUGGCGAUCAACCUCUGCCUGCUUCCAUCCUCUCUCUGGCCGUCUUCUUCCAUGGCCAGAACAGACGAACUAGAUUGAUAGACGUUAUGAUCCUGUAA